GCCCGGAGGUCCCGCGUGGAGCCGCCGCCGCCGCCGCCGCCGUCGCCGCCGCCGGGGAGGAGGAGGAUGAAGGACAAACAGAAGAGGAAGAAGGAGCGCACGUGGGCAGAGGCCGCGCGCCUGGUACUAGAAAACUACUCAGACGCUCCAAUGACACCAAAACAGAUUCUGCAGGUCAUAGAGGCAGAAGGACUAAAGGAAAUGAGUGGGACAUCCCCUCUUGCAUGUCUUAAUGCCAUGCUACAUUCCAAUUCAAGAGGAGGAGAGGGGUUAUUUUAUAAACUACCUGGCCGAAUCAGCCUUUUUACACUCAAGAAGGAUGCCCUGCAGUGGUCUCGCAGUCCGGCUGCAGUGGAGGGAGAGGAGCCAGAGGACACAGCUGAUGUGGAGAGCUGUGGGUCUAAUGAAGCCAGCACUGUGAGUGGUGAAAAUGAUGUUUCUCUCGAUGAAACAUCUUCUAAUGCUUCCUGUUCUACCGAAUCUCAGAGUCGGCCUCAUUCCAAUCCCAGGGACGGCUACAGAGCUUCCUCACAGGCAAACAAGCAGAAGAAGAAGACCGGGGUGAUGCUGCCUCGAGUUGUCCUGACUCCUCUGAAGGUAAACGGGGCCCACGUGGAAUCUGCAUCAGGGUUCUCAGGCCGCCACGCCGAUGGCGAGAGCGGCAGCCCGUCCAGCAGCAGCAGUGGCUCUCUGGCCCUGGGCAGCGCUGCUAUUCGUGGCCAGGCCGAGGUCGCCCGGGACCCUGCCCCGCUCCUGAGAGGCUUCCGGAAGCCGGCCACAGGUCAAAUGAAGCGCAACAGAGGGGAAGAGAUAGAUUUUGAGACGCCUGGGUCCAUUCUCGUCAACACCAACCUCCGGGCCCUGAUCAACUCUCGGACCUUCCAUGCCCUGCCGUCCCACUUCCAGCAGCAGCUCCUCUUCCUCCUGCCCGAAGUGGACAGACAGGUGGGGACUGAUGGCCUGUUGCGUCUCAGCAGCAGUGCACUGAACAAUGAGUUUUUCACCCACGCGGCUCAGAGCUGGCGGGAACGCCUGGCUGAUGGCGAAUUCACUCAUGAGAUGCAAGUCAGGAUACGACAGGAAAUGGAGAAGGAAAAGAAGGUGGAACAAUGGAAAGAAAAGUUCUUCGAAGACUACUAUGGACAGAAAUUGGGUUUAAGCAAAGAAGAGUCAUUGCAGCAGAAUGUGGGCCAGGAGGAGGUUGAAAUCAAGAGUGACUUGCGUGUGUCGGGAGAAUCAACACGACCGCAGCGUGGCCCAGCCACCCGGCAGCGAGAUGGGCAUUUCAAGAAACGCUCUCGGCCAGAUCUCCGAACCAGAGCCCGAAGGAAUCUGUACAAAAAACAGGAGCCAGAACAAGCAGAGGUUGCUAAAGACACACAGUCUGUGGCACCAGACAUCCCCCUGUACAAGGAUGGGGAGGCUAAGACCGAUGCAGCAGGGGUGGGUGGUUCCCACCUGCCUGGCACAUCCUCCGCAGCACCCAACCCAGAAAGUUCCGAAUUCCCGGUGGAAACUGUGGCUUCCCGGAUCCAGCCCGAUCCAGAUGACCUGGCACGUGUCUCCACGUCUCCAGACAGAAUUCCCAGCUUGCCUCAGGAGACCGUGGAUCAGGAACCCAAGGAUCAGAAGAGGAAAUCCUUUGAGCAGGCGGCCUCUGCAUCCUUUCCCGAAAAGAAGCCCCGGCUUGAAGAUCGUCAGUCCUUUCGUAACACAAUUGAAAGUGUUCACACCGAAAAGCCACAGCCCACCAAAGAGGAGCCCAAAGUCCCGCCCAUCCGGAUUCAACUUUCACGUAUCAAACCACCCUGGGUGGUUAAAGGUCAGCCCACUUACCAGAUAUGCCCCCGCAUCGUCCCCAUCACGGAGUCCUCCUGCCGGGGCUGGACUGGCACCAGGACCCUUGCAGACAUUAAAGCCCGUGCUCUGCAGGUCCGAGGGGCGAGAGGCCACCACUGCCAUCGAGAGGCGGCCACCACUGCCAUCGGAGGGGGGGGUGGCCCGGGUGGAGGUGGCGGCGGGGCCACCGAUGAGGGAGGUGGCAGAGGCAUCGGCAGUGGUGAUGGUGGUGAGGCCUGUGGCCACCCUGAGCCCAGGGGAGCCCCAGGUACCCCUGGAGAAUGUGCGUCAGAUCUACAGCGAACACAACUACUGCCGCCUUGUCCUCUAAAUGGGGAGCAUGUCCGUCCUGGAACUGCCGUGUACAGAGCCAGGAGAGAGAACCUGGCUUCUCCCAGAAAGGAGAAGAGCUACCCACGACAGAGAGUUCCAGAUGGCCUCAGAAGCGGGCUGGAAGAUGCUUCCCGACUCCCCAUUGCUCCCACUGGGGACCAGCCAUGCCAGGCUUUACCCCCACUGCCCUCCAAAAUCCCAGCACCUGAGCGAUUAGUUGAGCAGCCUGCGUUGUAUCUGGGAGGUAGAACUGAAUAUGGGUCUGGUACCACUUCCUGGGAAAGGGGAAAUGAGGAGCGAGGACCCACCAUCCCCCUGGAGAAAAGUCCUGUUCAGGCUCUAGCAGGGGAUGUUGGAUUGGAAGAAGGAACUGGCCAGGCUCUAGACAGUGACAGUAUUACCACCGUGAAGGAUCCUGUGAAUGUGACCCCCAGCCCCAUCCCUGAACCAUCAUUGGCCGGUUCCCUGCAGGACAGACCAUUUGAUGACGAAUCAGGACUUGGUGACUCGGGCCCACCCACGAGGGAAAGUGCUACUAGACAAGAAAACUUGAAAACCGAGGCUCCCGUCUCCACUGGUGCUGCUCCUUGGAUGCCUGGCCUGUCAAAUGACAAGGCAGUGGGACAGCCUGAACCCGACUCCAGAGAAGACGUCCCAUCUGUUAAGCCGCAGGUUGGAGAGGAGUGGGAGAAAGCUGCUCACCUCAUUCCAGCGUCACCUGGGGGGUUGACAGCUGAAGAGGGUCUGGAUCCCCCCGACAACUUGGCUUCCCUCUGGACAGUGCCAUCUCCAGGGUGCGUUGCCAGCACAGGCCUUGACUGCAGACAGCUGGAAGGUGAAAAGCUGAAAAUCAGUGGAGGCUCUGAAGCACUGAGUCCUCACAGCGAGUCCACAGACACAGCCUCUGACUUUGAAGGCCACUUCUCUGAGGACAGCAUUGAGACUGAGCCUAGUGAAGCUGCAGUGCCGAAGAGGUCCUCAGCGGUGGAGCAGCGUGAGAAACACAUUUGGAACCGCUCCACCUCACUCUCCAAGGUGAAUGGUGACCUGACUCUGGUCACAAGGACAGACGGGAUGGUUGCUCCACAGAGCUGGGUAUCUCGAGUAUGUGCAGUUCCGCAAAAGAUCUCGGACUCCCUGUUACUGGCCAGUACCGAGUACCAACCGAGGCCUGUGUCCCUGGGCAGGCUCGCGUCCUCGGUGGAGGCCACUAACCCCCUCGUGAUGCAGUUGCUGCAGGGCAGCUUGCCCCUAGAGAAGGUUCUUCGUCCAGCCCACAGUGGCAGCAAACCCGAAUCCCCACGACUCCCACUUACAACAGAGCAGAGCCGUGGCGGCUCCCUGCGUAUGGGAUCUUUGCAAGACCCUGGGGAAAGCGGUUGUGAGGUUGGCAGUAGCAGUCCCAGUUCUUUAAGAGCUUCGAAGGAGUCUCUUCUACCUGAGAGCCGUGAAGCAGGCACCGGCCUCACCAGGCUGGAGGCUGCCCAGACUCCUGGAGCGCCCCCAAAGAUUUCCAAACACGCCCUGAGUUUAGACUCCCUGUAUCCAGUGACAAAUCCAAUGGCUGCCUCUGGGAAAGUAGAAGAAGUGGAUUCCAAAGAGCAGUUCUCUCCCUUUAGUUUUGAAGAUCAGGAGGAAGCUGGUGACCUGUCCCAGUGCAGUAAUUCAAGUGCUGCCCCAGGCGCGAGUCCGGGAAAUCUCACUACCUCGAGAGCCCCUUGUUUCUCAUCUCCAAAUGUGGUCUCCUCGGGUCCCGAUCAGGCAUGUCGGGCCCUGGGUGUUCAGAACAGUGCUGGAGGCCAAGGGAAGAAGCUCUUUGGCUCCAAAAACGAGGCUGCAGCCCUUCAGUGCCCCCGGCCUGUGGAGCCAACACCUCUGCCUGCUGAUGCCCCUCCCAAUUUUCCCAGCAGGAAGUCGGGGCCAAGCAAAAACUCUGUGUCUGGUGGGGUACAGACUGCCAGGGAAGACUGGGCCCCAAAGCCACCGCCUGCGUCUGUUGGCAGCAUCAAGAGCGAGAAGACUUUUGAUGGGGGGCCUCUCAAGGCGAAUGCAGAGAACAGAAAUGUAGCGGGGCCUAGUCCUCGGGAGCUGGUGGAUCACUUGCAAGGGAUGCCCUUUGUCCUUGAUUUGCCCUUCUGGAAAUUACCCCGAGAGCCUGGGAAAGGGCUCAGUCAGCCUCUGGAGCCUUCUUCCAUCCCCUCCCAGCUCAACAUCAAGCAGGCAUUUUAUGGGAAGCUUUCCAAACUCCAACUAAGUUCCACCAGCUUUAAUUAUUCCUCCGGCUCCCCCACCUUUGCCAAAGGCCUUGCCGGAAGUGUGGUGCAGCUGAGCCACAAAGCAAACUUUGGUGCAAGCCACAGCGCAUCACUUUCCUUGCAGAUGUUCACCGACAGCAGCACAGUGGAAAGCAUCUCACUCCAGUGUGCGUGCAGCCUGAAAGCCAUGAUCAUGUGCCAGGGCUGUGGUGCGUUCUGUCACGAUGACUGUAUUGGACCUUCAAAGCUCUGUGUAUUGUGCCUUGUGGUGAGAUAA